AUGGACACAGAAAGGUUAAAAAGGUUAUUAAUAAAGUCGGUAGUAGCAUUAGCCAUAGCGGCCUUGAUUCUCUAUGCCGAUGCCACACGGCCCAAGAAGCCUGAGGAUAUCAGGUUGAACGACAGGGGUGAGUGCGUGUACCCCAUGAGCCUGUCUUUCGUGGUGGGUUUGGCCGAGCUGGCUGUCCUUCUGGGUUUCGUCUCGUAUUUCACCUUCCAACACGGAUGGUGCUGCGUGCGCCGCGACGGCGUCUCCGUAUCGAGCUUCGCGCUGGGCAUCUUCCUCGCCAUCCUCUCAUGGUUAUUGACGUGGUGGGCGGUACGACUAUAUCUCCGCGACGUGGGGGCGAUCUGGCCGGGGAGGCGUGGUAAACCCCCGGAGUGUUACGCCGCUCUUAAAUUGGAUCACCAUCACCUUAUGGCGAAUGCAUUCAAACCCUUCGUCUUUGCCUUGGCCUUGGCAUUCUGCUCCUCCAAGAAACUUUCCCCUCCUCCUCCUAUAGAAACCUAGCUAGCGUACGUACGUCUCCCCAACGUUCGAUGGAUCGCCCAUUAUGUUGGAGGUUCUUUUUUUCCUGGUUUGAUUAUUUUGUUAACUCACAUUCACAUAUCAUGAUUAGAGUCGGAUUUCUACAAUGCAUGUGGGAAGCUUCAAGCAUAUUUAAUACUUCUUCCGUCCCAAAAUAAAUGUCUCAAGUUUAGUACAACUUUAGUAGAAAGUUGUACUAAAUUUCAGACACUUAUUUUGAGACGGAGGGAGUAUUUGUACAAAGUUGUACUAAACUUGAGACAAUUAUUUUGGGACGGACGGAGUAUUUGAUUUGACGGAUAUUUUUUAAACUUCAACUCUAGUGAGGCUUUCAAAAUUAGGCAGCGUCUAUGUGCAUCUCCAACGCUGACUCCCCAAACCGGACAACAGAUCUGUUAGCGGAAACUGACGCAGGAGCCGACCGUCUAAUCAUAAGUAGGUAUUUGUUCAAGUAAGAACAGUACCUGAUCCACCCACAUAACACUUAUCAAGACAAUGAACGCUAAAUCAAUGAAUCGUGGUGAAAGUAACUUGACACUACUAGGAAAGAGCUUACCAGUAGCCCUGGCUUUUUUGCUACCAGUAACACUGGUAGACGCACUACUGUUACGACGCUACAGCUAUUUUUUAACAGUAGCAUUUGUUUGUCCCAGUGCUACUGGUAAUUAACAAUCUCAAUUGGAUGUGAGGUUGUAUUGGAUGACGCAAGACUUGGGUCCAUGUUAUGUGACUUCACAGCGUCUUCGCGGAAAUCUAAAUCACACGCCU